CAAUCCAGCCCCAUGCCCGCCACGUGGCAAAGACCCAGAACGGACCCGCCGAAAUUCACAUAUUCGCUCCUCCUCAAGAAUCUCUCUCGGGCACUCUCCUUCGGUUGCUUUGGCGUGUGCAGAUCGAACAACAGGCCUCCGCCACACAACCAACCGAAAUUCACACAAAAUCCGCCAUGAAACCCAAUCCCUUCAAGCUUCGUAUCCAUUAGGAAUCAGCUCCGCGGGAACCUCCGACGCACGCCAUGUCCGGCUCGCUCGAGCGUGGUUAUGAGGGGAUAUCCGAUGCCCUUGAGGAAAAGAGAGAACUAAAAUGGGAACUUGAAAGUUUUGAAGAGGACCGGCGAACAAGGAUGGGAAGUCUGAAAAAGAAAGCAAUCAAUGUGUCUCACAAGUUCAGACGGUCUCUCUCUGUCAAGAGAAAGGGCCAUAGGAAAAGCGACAGCCAAGUUAUAUACUCCUUAGUCGAGGAUGUCCGGGAUGUUGAGGAGCAAAAGAUUGUUGAUGAAUUUCGGCAGGCACUGAUUUCAGAUGGGUUUCUACCUCCAAGACACGACAAUUAUCAUAUGCUUUUGAGAUUUCUGAAAGCAAGGAAAUUUGACAUUCAGAAAGCAAGACAUAUGUGGGCUGAAAUGAUUCAAUGGAGGAAGGACUUUGGCACUGACACGAUUUUGGAGUCUUCUACGAUGCUGGACCCCCUUUUUUUUUCUUUUUUUCAGGAUUUUCAGUUCAGAGAGAGAAAUGAAGUUCUUCAGUACUACCCUCAGGCAUAUCAUGGGGUAGAUAAAGAUGGAAGACCUAUUUAUAUCGAGAGACUCGGGAAAGUCAAUCCUGACAAGCUUAUGCAAGUGACUACUAUUGAUCGCUAUGUUAGAUACCAUGUUCAAGAGUUUGAGAAAACUGUUGCCUUUAAGUUCCCAGCUUGCUCUGUUGCUGCAAAGAAGCACAUAGAUUCUAGUACAACCAUUUUGGAUGUUAAGGGUGUGGGUCUUAAGAACUUUACAAAACAAGCACGUGAACUCAUCAUGCAGCUACAGAAGAUUGACAGUGAUUACUACCCUGAAACGCUCUCCAGAAUGUUCAUCAUUAAUGCUGCUCCUGGUUUCAAGCUUCUCUGGAACACAGUGAAGUCUUUUCUUGAUCCCACAACGAUUUCAAAGAUUCAUGUUCUUGGUAACAAAUAUCGAAGUAAAUUACUUGAAGUAAUUGAUGCAAGUGAGUUGCCAGAAUUUCUUGGUGGUAGCUGCACUUGUGCUGACCAGGGUGGCUGCAUGAGAUCGGAGAAGGGUCCAUGGAAAGACCCCAACAUACUAAAGAUAGUGCUUGAUGGCCAAGCACUACCGGACAGACAUACAACGAUGGGCAGGAACAUCAAUGAGGAUGUUGCUUCUUGUGAUACCAUGGUCUGUCCCCUGAUCAAUGAUGGUACGGCAGCUGCAACAGCAUCAGGAGCUGAGGUGGAUGAUAUUGCUUCUCCGAGAGCAGAAAGGAGCUCUAUUGUCCCAGAUGUGACUGCUUUCUCUGAAGAAGCAAAGAUGACAAGCAACAGAACUUCUGUGGGUAACUUAUCUGGAUACGAUGAAAGUAGUCCUAUGAUUGAUGAGGCUGUAGACCAGGAUUCAGGGAAUACAGACAGCCUUUCUGGAGGGGCGUUUCCUGUGCCUGGCAUUGAUGAACGUGGAGGAGGAACCUAUACUUGUGUCCAUCCUGUGCUAGUGGCCUGCUUUAUGCUUGUCCUGGCUUUUGUCCGUUCAGUUGCAUACCAUUUGAUCGAGAAGGUCAGCGGCUCUAUGUUCAAUCCCACUCGUCAUAAUCCUCAAUCUGUCAUGGAUCCUGUUGAGGAGUCCCAUCUGCCUUCAACUGGUGCUAAGCAUAAAGAGGGGGAUCUUCCCUCAUCUAUUUGGAAAAGGCUGGAUGAACUUGAAAAGAAGGUAGAAAUGCAAAAUGAAAGGCCUGCUGCAAUUCCACGUGAGAAGGAAGAGUUGCUGAAUACUGCUAUUUGCCGCGUAGAUGCAUUAGAGGCAGAGCUAAUCGCCACUAAAAAGGCGCUAUUUGAAUCUUUGAUGAGGCAAGAAGAAAUUAUUGCAUACAUCGAUGCGGCCAAAUAUAAGCAGAAGAAGUGCUGGUAAAGAUAUGGAAUCUGCUGGUGGAAAGAAUGCUGAGUGGUUUUGUUGCGCUAUUUAACUGGCGUAUGUGGGAGCACGUUCGUGAGCUGCUUGAUUCCGUGGUAGUGAGACUCCUCGGUGAUAUCCAUUUACGGCCCCACCAGGAGGGAGAGUCCUUUCAUUAGUACUCAGUUCAAUCUGCAACCUCCUUUCUUGCAACAACCACUGAUGUUUGGAGAGCUACGGGCGGGUUAAUCGAGGGAAAAAGCAAAAGAAAUUGACCUGGAUGGAGUGAUCUACACAAGAUCGUCGCCAAUUUGGAAUUGUUUGUUUUCAUCCUAAUCGAAGACUUUUGUUAUUUCAAUUUCUUUUUAACUCAGCCUUGCCUGCUUCGCUACGAACGAGCUCGGCCUUGGGUCGCAGACGGAGUGUUCUUUUCUCAUGUUUGUUUUUUUUUUCUUUAAUUUGUAUAUAGUAUGAUAACCAAGUUACGUAGGUAUCUUAUGAUCAAAGGAUACAAAUUUAUAAUAUCUUUUGAGGAAAGUUUAAAGUA